GUUGCAUGAGUUUAACGUGUUUUUUCAACAAGACAGGAUGAGAUCAUGAUGUUCAGGACUCAUCUCAGUACAUUUCUCAUCUUACACAUUCUCUCCACCCUUAAACAAGGACUAGCUCUUGACCUACGGGGCACCAGAGUUAUAACAAGUCAGAGCUCUGACGCAGGGCGAUACGCCGGGGCGUCAUCAGCGGUGGAUAGGAAGCUUAAAACCAUAUCACAUACAGGAUGGAAAGAUCCAUCUGACCGUGUCAACCCGUGGUGGAAGGUGGAUCUAGGCGCUGUCUACUGCUUAAGGAAAAUCACACUAGUCAAUAGAAUAAGGGACGUGCGCGUAAUUGCAAGACGCUUAAAAGGCAAUGUAAUCCGUGCUGGAAUGAGUGCCAACCAUCUGCUAAACCGAGAAAUAGGACGCGUUAGAGAAGAGCAGGCUAUAAGCGGAGCAGUUUUGGAUUUCACACCUGAUCCGUACGUUAAUGCACGAUACGUCAGCGUGGACAUCCCUGCCAGUGGUUCAAAUAUUAUCGUCCAGUUGACCGAAUUCAUGGUGGAAGAGGUCUCGAUGGAUACGGUUGAUACUCCAUCAACAGCUCUAAGUUUGACUGGUAGCCAAAGCGACCAGAGUUCUACCCAUGAAGAAAACGGUGAUAGUUGGGACUCCGCAAGAGCCGUAGAUGGAUUGUCGCUGUAUGAGGGCACAAGCUGCAGUAGAACAGAAUUUCAGCAAAACCCGUGGUGGAGGAUGGAUCUUACCUCUGCACAGUGUAUUAGGAAAAUUGCUGUUCGGAACAUGGACGAUAUUUUCGUCUACACUAGGCUUAACUUAUACGGAGCAGUAGUCCGUGCCGGCCUGAGUGCCACGCCUACAGAGAACGCCAUGUGUGGUUCUCCUGUGACACUCUACCAAUCCUUGAUCAAUGAUUGGAUUGAAUUCACCUGUGAGCCAUCCAGGCUCGCACGUUAUGUCAGCGUCGAUGCACCGGGCAAUCUGACUCUUAUCCUUUGUGAGGUGAUGAUUUGGCCGUGUGAUCUCCCACCAACAGCAGCCCUCAAUUUGACUGGCAAAUUAGCAAAUCAGAGCUCUACGAUGAGUGGACGGGAUGCUCGAAGGGCAUUCGAUGGGCUCCCAGAAGAACCGUUCUGCAGCAUCACAAAUUACGAAGAGAACCCAUGGUGGAGAGUUGACCUGGAGUCAAAUAAUUGCCUUGGAAAAAUUCGCAUCAGGAAUACCGGCAGUUCAGCAGAACCAAACUUGCAGGAUGCUAUGGUACAGGCGGGCCUGAGCGAAGUUCACACCGACAACAUCAUGUGUGGCACACCGGUGACCAGAAGUCAGGCCAUCAUCAAUGACUGGUUAGAGUUUACCUGCGAUCCGCCUGUGCUUGCCCGGUAUGUUAGUGUUGCUAUACCGGGAGGUGUAAGCCUUAAACUGUGUGAGGUGACAGUAUCGACGUGUGACUUCCAACAAGCUGUAAAUGCUGUGGAUAUUACUCUGGUUGCGAAUCCUGCUCUCCUCGGUGAAACUGGAGACAACAGUUCGUCCAUCACAGCCUACAGAGGUGCAGGCGACAUCACAAACGCUGUAACGUUUGGUCGCCAACUGGCAACAGGAGAAACUAGUCAAGAACUUCCGUCGGGGUCCUUGGUUGUGGCUGAUCCGUCGACGGGAUGUGCAGCCACAUUGGCCCUGAGAUUACCAGAGGAGGGUGGAUUGAAUCGCACCGGUGUCUUCUACUCGGAGGCACUGAAUAACAACGUUAUUACCAGGAUACAGAUCGUCAUCUUAUCAAAAGGAAACAACAUUCACCUCCGCCCUGUUCAGCGAACGCAGACGGCAAGUACCGGAGACUCUGUUAUGUUGCAAAUGCGUAAUGUUAACUCACCGAACACCAACUACAGAUGGCGGCAUAAUGGUAAUGACGUCAUUGCAUCUUGGAACAACCUCCUGGAUGUGUCGGUUCCAAAUGUAAUCAUGGCAAAUGAAGGAUUAUACAGCUGUUUUGCUUCAGACCAUGAAGACGAACAACUGGACGGUAUCAUGAGACUUAUUGUAAGAGGUUGCCCCUCUGGGUUGUGGGACCCACCGUCAUGUCUGAAAACCUGUCGGCAAUGCUACAAUGGGGGUGUAUGCCAUGACAAGUCUGGUACCUGUGUUUGUGCUCCAGGAUUCAGCGGAGACAGUUGUGAGCAAGUACACGGUCGUCAUGUCUUUGGCAAGAAUGGUGAUCAGAGGUGUUCGGAUAGUGGAGAUCGUCAUCAUGAUGCGUGCCGGGGACACCUGUUCUGCCUUCCAGACCCUUAUGGUUGCUCAUGUGCUGCAGGUUACACGGGCCUGGACUGCAUGCAAGAAUGUGACGAUGGGACCUUUGGUGCCGAUUGCAAGCAGACAUGUCACUGUGCAUCUGGCGGAACGUGUUUAAAAGAUACAGGAGAAUGCAGCUCAGGUUGUGAUACUUUAUACUUUGGAAGUAACUGUCAGUGCUCAACACAGAAUAGCGUGCUUGGGCUCCAAGUGACGUCAGGCGAUCCCCAUCAGCUGUUCGUUAGUUGGCAACCGGAUCCCUGUGCUUCUGGCUAUGAACUGGUAACCAGGGACGAGUGUACCGGGGAAAUUUUAUUUCAGGAGUCCUUACCAGAGACGACUUACCAUUUCAUAACUGGGUUGGAGUCCCCAUUCAACUGCCGACUUUUCAUUCGGCCAGUGUAUCCGGAUGGCAUGCUUGGGACGUUGCGGGUAUUGCUCCAAGAAUCCAACACGAAGCAGGAGUCUUGCAUCUCGUGGUCUCUAGAAGACGCUGUUCUACAAAUGGAUGUGGCUGUGGAAGGCAGCGAAGACGCUGGUGUGUUUUCGGCUCCAGGCGACCUGAUUUUCUUUACUGGCCAGCUAAUUGUGUUGAACACAUCUCUAUCUGGAAGCACUGUUUCCGUAGACUAUCGGUGGUAUCUAGCUAGCAACGAAAUGGUCACUCACUCUCCCAGCAUAACAUGGUCUUUCAGUGAAGCCGGGAAAUUUACAGUCAGUGUCAUCGCAUCUGAUGGAAUAUCGAGCAGUGAUGCAGUGUCAAGAGUUUUAAAUAUACUCGAUCUGGAGAACCUUCCGUGUCAUCCGUCCUACGUCCAAAUUGCGGGCCACCGAACCAACGCCUCCUUUCCACUGACCUAUCCCCGUCACGUGCCCCUGUCUUUCCAAGGGCGCACGGACGUAUGGUGUAACCUGACCACCUUUCGCGUCGGCCUCCAAUGGACCGCCUUCCGAGUGGAGUCCAGGAAUGAGACCGAAAUGGCGCUUUCCGGGACCAUUGCCACGCACCUGCAGGAAAUCCACUUCCCCAAGGGUCUCCUGAGGUACGGACUGCACGUGCUGCAGUUCAGCGCCGUGGUGACAGCCCGCGGUGGGUAUGGCUACGUGAUUGGCCAGGGCAGUGACCGUGUGUGGGUCAGGAUUGAGCCCAGUCCACCCAAGGCGAUCAUCCUGGGUGGGUCAGCUCGGUCCGUCGGUUACAGUUCCUCGCUGGUUCUGGAUGGCUCAGGGUCAUUUGAUCCUGAUAAUUUCCAAGACCCCAUCAGAGGUCUGAAGUAUGCUUGGUACUGCUCAAAAGGAAGCAGACAGGAUCUUGAAUCACAGGUGGUGGCUCCUGCUUGCUUCGGCAAUAGCUAUCGUUUGCCCUUUAGCGACUCCUCUAUUCGGAUGCCAGCAAACACUCUUGCACCAGAUGAGGUUUACACGUUUGCACUGACCGUGAGUUUGACCGGACGAGGGAACUCUUCAACAUCUCAGAGUAUCACUGUUGUGGCACAAGAUCCGCCCGUUCUCAGUAUAAGCUGCCUGCAGAAUUGUGAGGAGAAACUGAGUGUUGGAGAGAGGGUUGUACUCCAGGUGACAUCGCCAACCUCCACGGUCAGUUAUGUCUGGGAUGUGCUCACGCGAGAUCAUGUCCCGGACGAAACCUUUGAUUGGGAUAGGUUGACCACCACUGGUAGAAACUCGGCAUACCUUGUCAUUGUGGGCGGGGCUUUUGAUGACGGAGACUAUAGAGAGCGGGCAGUGAGGGCAACAGGUUACCACCCUGACAGCCCAUCUCCAGGAUUUGCCGACUACACGUUUGAACUGAACGCCCCGCCUAGGAUGGGCACGUGCAGCCUGGACCCACCCAGCGGCUAUGCCCUGCAGACCCAAUUCAUCAUCGACUGUGUUGACUUUUGGGACGAGGAAGGCCAUUUGAUGUACACGGUCCGCGUGCCGCCUGCACUGGAGCGGAAGGAUGAGGCUGCCUUGCAGUUUCUAGAUCCCGUUCUGUACAGUGGUGCUUCCUCCACCACUCCCUCCGUCUACCUUCCCCUGGGAGAUGCUUCAAAGGGUCACCUGGUGACUAUCGCUGUGGAGGUUGCCGACAUACACGGUGCAUCCGUGAUGUUCACGAUGACUGCAGAGGUACGAUCUCCUGAGACAGUCAACCUGGGGGAUGAUGAGAACACCGGCGAGAUCCUACUGAACCUGACCAGCGGCACCGACUCAGAGCUCCAGGGGCUGAUUGACCAGGGCGACUUCCAGACGGCCGUGCAGAUCAUCGGGGCUGUGGGCUCCAUACUGGACAGCCAUGAUGGGUCGGCUGGCGAGGGGAAGGGACCGGACCACAUUGAGUCCCAGAAGAGCAAAGAGUUAAGGGAAGAGAUUCGAACAUCAACUGUGAAUACCAUAGCCACCAUGCCGGUCGAAUCAGUAGUCGCCCUGCAGCAGUCUUCCUACGCGCUGGUAGCUAUCACCCAGGACAAAAUGGAAGUCACUCAAGAGACGCAGUUGACUGCGGCUACAACCUUGGUAAAGAUGGGAGCGUUCCUGAAAGAGCACUCGGUGGAGCGGACGGACUGUGAAAGCUGCCAAACCUCCAUCGAUGAUGCAGCCCUGAAUCUUGUUUCGGGCCUGUCCAACAUCCUGGAUGCUGCCGUGGCGAGCGUGGAUGAACUGACGGCCGUAACAACUACACCAAUAGAUACGGUUUCCAGAAAUGAUACGAUUUCCAGAAACAAAACCACACCAAUUGAGGAGGACAAAGAUGACGUCAGGGCGAUUCAAAAGGAGGUCAAAGAAAAGAGCAAAGAGGUAACCAAGGCAACCCUGGCCACCAUCAGUGAUGUGCAGGAUGCCCUCAUCGUGGACAAGGUGCCAGGCGAGGAGCCCACGGUCAUCCACUCACCGGCGCUGACUCUGACCUCCCAGAGGCAGGAGCAGGGCACCCUGGGAAGGAAGUCUAUCGGAGUAACGGAGGCCCAGCCCAGCGGGUUCAUUCUGCCAGAUGCAGCAGUCAUCGGGAGCUUCAUGCCAGCCAAUUACACGGAUGCCAUCGAUACCCAGAUGGUGCAAUUUGCCACUGAUCCGUUUGUCUGGAGUGAAGGAAGCAAGGACGUCACGUCGGAAGUUGUUGGCCUUCAGUUGAAGACGGUCGACAGACAGGAGAUCAAAGUUACCGACCUACCUGUGGACAUCCAGAUCUUUGUGCCCAAGCGUACAGUCACCUUGGCCAACAAUACAGAAGUGACUGUCAACCGCAGCGCAACUGUCGUGAUCUCCUUGCAAGUUACCAACCCCAAUGCCACAGUCAGUGUGCUAGCCUUGCCGUCAGACACCAGUGCUGAGCUGUCAUGCUGUCUGCACUACCAGGGGAACGAGUCGUUGGUGAACCUGACCGAGGCGGACUGUUACAUCAACACCACACUGCCUGGAGAGGCCUCCAAGUACUGGCUACUCAUUCAUGACGCAGAUAGGGUGUUGAAGCAAAGAUACACAUGGAUGGUUGACCCAGAACAACUGCGCGGUGCAGGGAAGUACCAGGCAUUAUGCUCUGUGCAAGACUCUGCAGGGACCAGCCAAUCCAGGGCACCAGUUGCUGAGCCUGAUGACACGUUGAAGGUCCUGAUCGGUGUCUACAGCUCCCAAUGUCUUUUCUGGAAUGAGGAGGGGGAGGAGUGGGAUGGCACAGGCUGCAGGGCUGGGCCGUUGUCCUCUCCCGAGGUCACCCAGUGUCUCUGCAACCACCUGACCUUCUUUGGCUCCAGCUUUCUGGUCAUGCCCAACAAGAUCGACUUCUUGGCAGACACUAAGCUCUUCCUAACGUUCCUGGACAACCCCGUCGUGGUGACCACAGUUGUCGUAAUCUUGGCGCUGUACGUGGUUGUGGCGGUGUGGGCUCGCAGGCAGGAUAAGGCAGAUGCAUUGAAGGCCUGCGUAAUCACUCUAGAAGACAACGACCCCUUUGCCCACUACCGUUAUGAUGUAACCAUCGUCACAGGCAUGCGUAGGGGAGCUGGCACGACAGCCAUUGUCACGCUCACCCUCAUCGGCACAAGGGGCAAGAGCAGGCCGCACGUCCUGAGGGACAGACAGCGGCAGGUGCUGCAGAGGAGUGGAGUCGACUCCUUCCUGUUGACAACAAAGCAGAGCCUGGGGGAAGUGAAAGCGGUGAGAAUUUGGCAUGACAACGGAGGCGAGAACCCAGAAUGGUACGUCAGCCGCAUCACGGUACAUGAUCUGGAGACAGACGAUUGGUGGUUCUUCCUGUGCAAUUCCUGGCUGGCCGUAGACAUAGGUGAGGGCCACAUCGAUCAGACAUUCCCGACAGCCACCGAGAAGGAGCUGAGUGACUUCCGCCAUCUCUUCUCCACGCGGACCGUCCGGGACCUCCGGGACGGCCACCUGUGGUUCUCCAUCUUCAGCCGGCCAGCCCGGAGCACUUUCACCCGUCUCCAGCGUGUUUCCUGCUGUCUGUCCCUUCUUAUGUGCGUGAUGCUGACCAGCAUCAUGUUCUACGGCGUGCCCACAGAUCCCGCCGAGCAGGUCAUGGACUUCGGAGCUUUCCGGAUCACCUUCACAGAGAUCAUCAUCGGCAUAGAGAGCUCUGUCCUUGCAUUUCCCAUUAACCUGAUGAUUGUGACAAUCUUCCGGUACGCCCGACCUCCGGAGAUGAGGUCUAAACCCUACGAGAUAAAGAAUAGUCACAGGCCUUGUUCAAGUGAAACCACCUCAUCUCUGUCUCCCAGAACGAAAGAAGAAACGUCCCUGCCGGUGAGUUUGACUGAGAAAGUUGUGUUAAACACAGACACAACAAACAGCACAGAUCAUUGGAACAGUUGCAGCAAGGACACAUCAUCUGAUCAGGUUAUCUUUUCAACUGACCGGACUUCCAGAGAACCACCAACAGACACAAAUGGAAUCACAGGAAGCCAGAAAUGGGAAACGUCUAGUGGGGAAAUGAAAUUUUCACAGCUAACUGAGCCAGCACAGUUGAUUUCGUCAGCAAAUGAGAAUGAAAGCUACAGCCACAAUGAAUAUCUUCAUUCUUGCCUGGACCGCCUGGUAGACGACCUGGAUCUUCUGCCCCAUGAGCGUUUCUUGUCAGCGGAGCAGUACUUGAUGGCUAGGCAAGAGGCUCGGGAUCUCGUACUCACAGUGAUGACUAUUCGGACUCCAAGCUCCUCGCCGACUGACCGCAGUGAAACGGACAGCCAAUCCAAGACGGCCUUCUGUAAGUGCUCAUUCAAGUUCCUCCCUAAUGGGCUCCCUCACUGGUUCGUCUACAUUGGCUGGUUUUUGGUGUUCUCCACCACUCUGGUGUCGUCUUACUUCACCAUGCUGUACGGGCUCAAGUACGGCAAGAAACGCUCCAUUGAUUGGCUGGUGUCGCUGGUGGUAUCCCUGUUUCAGAGUGUAUUCUUCAUACAACCCCUGAAGGUUUUAUUGUUUGCUGCCUUUGUGGCUCUUGUUAUGAAGCAAUGGGACGCUGAUGAUGACGGAAGUGACGAUAUUGAGGAGAGAGAAAUCGAAAAUGCCCCGGAAGUUUACAGGAAGCUCCUGCGCAAAUGGAAGGCCACCCACUACCGGCCCCCGACCAACGCAGAGGUCAACACUGGCCGACGGCGUAAGGAGAUGGAGCGUAAGAUGUUCGCCCUCCUGCGGGAGAUUGUGGGUUAUUUCUUCUUCAUCUGGCUGGUUCUGAUUGUGGCGUACAGCCAGCGAGACCGCUCCUCCUACUACCUCACUAAGCAUGUCAGGGACGUUUUCUUCAGCAGUGACGAGUACCAUUCGAUAAGUGAUUUUGACGGGUUCUUUGAGUGGGCAGACCUUACUCUUCUCCGGGGCCUCUACCAAGGCGAUGACCAAACACUGUUUCUCAUCAGCGGGGUUCGUCUUCGGCAGCUCAGGGUCCGUCCAGAGCUCUGCCACAUAAACAGGUCCGUCAGAGGCAUAAUUGACAGAUGCACGCUGUCGUACUCCAAAGACACUGAAGAUACCGGCCUUUACAACAACUCAUGGAGUGCUCCCCUGAGCCACCUUUCAGCGAAUGGGACCAGCCUUCGGCGACAGGAUAUCUGGACGCACCAGCAAAAUGUGGCAGUUGGCCUUUGGGGACGGGUGGCAUCUUACCCCGGUGGCGGCUACGUGGCCAACCUGGGUGUGAACCAGACGGAAGCCCGUCGAUCACUGAAGGAUUUGAUGGCCAAGCGCUGGCUGGAUGAACACUCCAAAGUUCUGGUGGUGGAGUGGACGGUCUACAGUGCCAACACCAACCUGUUCGUGGUGGUGACGUUUCUCAACGAAAUCACAGCUAGCGGCGGCUUUGUCAAGACAUCUCACAUCCAGGCCGUUCGGUUGUACAGGAACACUGCUCAGUUCCAGCUCUUCGUCUUGUGCAUUGAGAUAUUGUUCUCGCUGUAUGCAGCCUUCUAUGCAUUUACUGAGGUGCGGAAGAUACAUCAGCAACGCGGAAGCUAUUGGCAUGAUGGCUGGAACUGGUUGGAGGUUGCCAUCGUUCUCACCUGCAUGGCCGUCAUCGCAAUCUACAUCUAUCGUCACGUGUCCACCGAGAGGCUUUUGGAGGUCUUCCGGGCGCGACCUGGGGAGUUCGUCGACUUCCGAGCUGCUGCCGCCGUCUCGGAAGCCUUUCAGUACCUCUUGGGUCUGCUGCUGAUCCUGUGCCCCGUCAAAUUCCUCCACCUGCUCAGGUUGAAUCCCAGGGCCCACCUGCUGACGUCUGUGCUGAGCGCCUCGGCCAUCGACGUCGGGGCCUUUGCCGGCUACAUCGUCCUGUUCAUGUGCGCCUUUGCUUUGCUCUUCCAGCUCAUCUUCGGCAGGCACCUGUUCACCUACAGCAGCAUCGUCUUGGCCCUGGAGUCGCUUUUUGUGCUUUUCCUCGGGGAAUAUAGAUACGAGGAGCUCUUUGCAGUCAACGGAGUCACGGCUUCGAUCUUGAUCAUCGUCUUUCAGGCCGUGGCCACCUACCUCCUGCUCAAUGUACUGAUCGCUGUGUUGAACCAGAACAUAAGCUACGUUAGGAGACACCACGAACCAAGUGAGGACGGUAAAAUCGGCCUUCUGUUGAUUUACAAAAUACUCUCUUGGUUCGGCAUUAAACACAGACACAAGUUUUGAGUAAGCAGUUGAAAGAGUGUGGAUGCAGUUGUAUUUCCUUGUUAGUUUCUCACAUAAAAAUCAUGGAGCACGAAAAUGGGACCUUUCUGCAAAUCAAUUUCGCGACCAGAAAAGUCAUUCAAUUUGUUUGUGCAAAUCACAUCUCAAUUAAACAGUGGUUUUCAUCGAAGUAAUCUUUACUUUCUCUCAUCAAAAAUUCAUCGAAAUGUUGCAGAAAGUCAAUUAUGUUUUAGGAUGGCAUUUCAUUAUGCGAAUCAUGUUUAUUUACUUCGAAUACCUUUAGUUAGUUUGGAGGGGGGUUUAAAUAUUUUGUAAAUAAUGAAUGUUUGAGUGCAUGCAGUAAUAAUUAUUUCACGGGGUGAUAGAUUGAAUGUUCUCUUCCCCGAAAUUAUUAUUUCCACUGCAUGAAUAUGAAACAUUCAUUGUGUCUUAUAUAACAUCUAAAAUGUGUAAAAGUUACUAUGUUAUCUUUUCCGACUUGGCUUGACGGCACGACACGCAGUUUUCACGUUCUGCGGAGCCUUGACUUGGCUUUUUAUGUAAAAAGUCACGACCGAGCCGGUAGCGCUUGCGUAGUUUAAGGGUAUACCUGUAGCUCUCUCAACGUUGCAUAUAACAAAUAAGUCAAUGACACGUGAUCGACGAUCCACCAAUCAGCUGCCGGGGAUUUACUGAGGCACUUUAACAAACAUAUCUGUCGGGGUGAUUAUAGUUCGACACACAUGUACAACGUAACAUUGAUAACUGAUAUUAAUAUUUCCACAUCUGACUUCGGUUCCUGUGUACUGUACCAAGGUUCUAAAAUAAGUCAGAUCAACAGUGUGUGUUUGGCUGACAUUUUAGAAUCUCUAAAUGUCAUCAUUGGCGACAAAUGCAAUUGAUAAGUUUCAUUCAAACUGCCAAACAGUUGCAGAGUCAAUAUUUCUCUCAAGAGUUUCAGAAUUUUUCAAGUCUACAGUGUCUUUUUUGUGGCAUUUUCGCAUCUGUAAAUGACAUUUGUAGCUACAGUGCUCAUUUUAUUUAAUCUUUUUUGAGAUCCUCACAAUAAUGCAAUAAACGUCAUGAAGAUGCAGCUCCUGCAAAGUCCUGGAGCAUUAAAAAGACC